UAAGAGUAAGUGUGUGCCUUGGACAAGCAGGACUCAAGAGGCAAGUUGGAAGCAGCCUUCAUCAACAGCAUCCAGUCGUCAGUGUGCCGUGUGUCACCAUGGAUCCCAUGUGCAUUCUGUGGGCUUGCCUGGUUCCACUGUUCUAUGUUCCACUGUUCUAUGUUCUCGUCUCACUGAUCCUGCUGUGGAACCCACAGAUUCUCCACACCAAGAAGCACCUGGGGUUCUCCGCUCGGAACAUAGCACACAGAGGAGGGGCUGGAGAGAGGAUCGAGAACACCAUGGAGGCAUUCACACAUGCUGUAGAUGUGGGGGCAGACAUGUUGGAGCUCGACUGUCAUAUGACCAAAGAUGGUCAAGUGGUCGUGUCACACGAUGGGAACCUCCUGAGACAGACAGGAAGUGAUGUCAUGAUCUCUUCAUUGAACAUGCAGGACCUGCCCCUCUAUAAAGAGAGUCUGGAAGUAACGUUCAACUGCGGUCACUACAGUAAGGGGCAGGACAGGAAGUUUGCGCUGUUAGAGGACGUCUUCCAGAAAUUCCCCAGAAUGCCCAUCAACAUCGAGGUCAAGGAGAACGAUGACAUUCUCAUAGAGAAGGUUGCGUCUUUGGUGAGGUCUUACAGGAGAGAUGCCAUCACUGUUUGGGCCACAGACAACGGGAACCUCAUGUCCAAAUGCAGGAAACAGAAUCCAGACAUGCCAUUCAUGUUCACCUUUUGGAGAGGCCUCCUGGUGUUGGCUCUCUUCUACACUGGCCUACUGCCCUUCAUACCGCUGAGAGAAAACCUGCUGCAGUUUUACCUUCCCAGAGUCUUCAACAGGAAGUACAUCCCAGUUCCUCCAGACCCCUCGAUCCUGCACUACGGAUGGUUCGUCUGGCUGCUGGAGAAGCUGACCAUGAGGAAGGCUUUGUUCGAUCACCUGGUGAAAAGAGGAAUCGAGGUGCAGCUGUUUGUCUGUAACGGCGACAGUGACAUCGAGGCGGCGUUUGCUGUCGGGGCGACCGCAGUGAUGACGGACUACCCCUCGCUGUUAGCGGCUAAAAAGCUCAAGUGACCGCUCUCUCAGAAGCGCGCACACACACACACACACACACACACACACACACGCACACACACACACACGCACACACACACACACGCACGCACACACUGGACUCACCUGAGCCACCACUGGCAUAAUAUGCACUUUAUUUUCACUCAGGACUUUUUUUGUGAUUCCUUUCCUUUGCUUUUUAUUUACAUAAAAACUCAGAGUUGCGCCAUUUCCCACACCUGUAUGUUGUUCUUCCUGCUGAAGCAGUUUGAAGUCUCUGGUUUUGUGUCGUGGUGUGUUUAUGUAUAAGCUCUAAAUCCUGCCAAGACGAGAUGUGUGCGGCACACAAAGUGUGAAAAGCUUAUUUGUGUUCAAAGACAUUUCUUUUAGACUUUAUUAAACUUUACUUGAAUUAUGUUCAAAAGACUUUUCUAUUAUAUUUAUGUGAAACUGUAGUUAUGUAAUUGUAAAACAAAUGACAUUAAAUAAAACAAAUCAA